AUGGGUUGGUUCAGCGACGAUUCGGACCAGAGCCGCGCCUACGACGACUACAACCAGGGCGGCGUUAGCCAAGAGCACGAUCCAUCUUUCGCGCACGAGCUGAUUGCCGGCGCUGCUUCCUACGAGGCCGCCAAGGCUUACGAGAACCACUGUCAAGAGAACGGCCAGCCCGCAAGCCACGCUGAGGCCAAGGAGCUCAUGUCUGGCUUUGCCGGUGCCUUCAUCGACCGUGAGGUCGAGACCAAGGGUCUGGACUUCAUCGACCGUGAGAGGGCCAAGCGUCAGGCCGAGCAGCACAUCGACAACGUCGAUCCCGACCAGUUUAACUACUAA